AUACCUUUAAUUGAUAAGCGCCCUACUCCCUGAUAAGUCUAGCUAAACACGAGUCGUUUAAUUAAAUGCAACUAUUUAGAAGACAAACCUUUGUGUGGAAAAUAUAAAAAGCCUAAGCACAACUCCAGACAGCCGCACACAAUGAGACAAUCCGUACGCAUUGACAUCCGGCCCGUCAUCGACGUCGUCGUCGUCGUCGUCGUCAUGGUCGUCGUCAUGAUCAGCGUCGGCGCAGUCGAGUUUCCGGAAUGCGAUUCCGUGGCUGCCGAAACCUUUAUUAACCACACGCGACCCAAUUGCAGUCACAGCCUGAUUUACUGCAAUGGCGACAGUUCGCAGUUCUGCGAUUCGACCGUGCUCUGCGACCUGGAUUACACCUGUCCGGCGGCCACGAACGGCAGCUCCACGCUGCUGCCAUUGCCCGCCGACGAGGAGCCCGCUCCGACGACCAGCAGCGUCAGCUCCACCGACUCCACUGUGUCCACGCCGGCUACGCUGGACGUGCGUGCGCUGUGCCGGCGCGGCGUAACCAAGAAGUACAUGUAUCCCGGCAACUGUAACUAUUACUACUAUUGCGUGGAUGGCUUUCUGAUUGUGGAGCAGUGCCCCAUCGGCUAUGCCUACAACGAGCUGGGCGGCACGUGCAGCGGACGCAUCCAAGAUGUGGCCGCGUGCCGUCAGCCGUGAGCUGAGGCGAACAUUUACCAAUUAAGCUUUUCGUUGUCUUUGCUACGUUUUUUUUUUAUGUUGUGCUGUGCAAUUAACACAAUUAAUAAAUAUG